UUAUAGGCUAAUAUAGAUGGUGUUUGCUUAAAUGUCGCGCUUUACAACAAAAACGAUUGUAUUUUAUUUUGAAAUGUAUGAUUUCGGAUUCUCUAUAUUGCGCAUAAGAUAAAUACCCCUUACUUCCACUUUGUAAGAGCCACCGUUUGGGACUUGAGGUCUCGCCCAAAAAUGGCUGUGGAGAAACAGUUAUGAAGAUGUGUCGAUCUACUCACCUAAUUAAUGUGGCGCGUGCUUCAAAUUAACCAAGAGUCAUCUGAUCGAGCCGGAGGACAUUUCUGGAAGACAGGAAAGGGUUACUUUCCAUGUUUCCUGUCCAAUUCCCCCAGCUCCAGCUCCUUUCGGAUCACUUUCUUCAUACUAAACAUUCCCAGGCUCCCAUAACCUCCUGGCUUCCUUACACUGGCCAAGAGAGAUCCCAGGCUUUUCAUUAGACAUCACUGGAGCAGGGCCUCUUCCCUUCGGUCACAUGGCUGGUAAUAAUGACAUCACUGAAGCUCACCAACCGAAGUUUAAUACCAGAGUCCAGGGCUGAAAGGUGAGUGGAGGGCUGUGGAAGGACAAGAGGAGGAAGAAGAGGAUUGUGGGCCGUCUUGGGACAGCGAAACUGAAGAUUCUUUGGGACCUUCAGUGACAGACAUGAAAACCCAAGAGCAUCGUUCCAGCCCUCUGAAAUCACACACACAAAGUGAUGCUCGGCCCCACUCCCAAAUGAAAGGUCUCCAGUUUCGCAGCAUUGCCCCCAAAGCCCCAGCAGUGAUUCCAUCCUCUGCAGUUCUAUGCUGCCAACCUCCCUCAGCCCUUCCAGAAGCAUCCACGGCUGUCAGCCCCAAAUCCAUCCUUGUCCCUGCCCAGAACUAUGCACUCAUGCAGGUGGCUGGACAAGAGGGGACCUUCUCAUUGGUGGCCUUACCUCAGACACAACAGCAACAGCCAAUCCAGAAGAACCUUAAGCUGCCUAUUCCCAGAUACCAACCGGUGCGAAGCAAGAGCGCUCCAGAAAAAGGCUGUAGCAAGAUGCUGAGUCCAGCCAAGCUUUCUGCAACCGUACAAGCUCAGUCACCUGCUGUGAAAUCAGAUCAGAGUUCAGACCCAGUAUCAGAGCAUCUUGUUUUGAUUGAUGCUCGUUUAUCGUCUGAAAACAACGUUGGGCCCUUGCUCCCAGGAUCACAUACAGAACAAAAAGUGGAACAAAAAAGCAAUGCCGGUCCACUCAAUAACCACCACUAUCCUUCUGGAACCUCCCUUGUUGCCCCUGUCAAAAAAAUCUCACCAGUUAAAACCCAAAUAGAAGGUCAAGCCACGGUUGGCAGUGCCAUCACACUCCUCUCACCCACUAUCUUUAGCAAAGCUGUUCAGAUCAUUCCAUCUCCACCCAAGGGCAAGCUGCCCAUCCUGCCCUAUGCCAAGGUGAAGAACUCUCUGCUGGCACCAACCAGCCUUGCCAGCACCCUAUUCUCAGAAAAGCAGACUGGAGCCAAAAGCAGCUUGAAAAGCCCUCCAGACAACAAAAUCAAGUCGACAGACAGCAAAGUUCAAAGUGAAAGCCCAAGUCUAGACCACAACAACUCCCAAAUCAAGAAACCUCCAGGCAAGAAACGGGGGAGGAAGAGAAAAACUAUGGAGGAUAUUCUAGCCUUCGAAGCCCGAAAGAAGAGAUCCUUGUCGUUUUUUAGAAGGAGGGUACCUGAGAAACCUCCAGCUGGUGUGUCGAAUUCUUCCUCUCAAGAGAAGCUGCUUGACAUAUCCAAAAAGUAUCGAAGUAUUCGUCCCAAACCGGUACUGGUAAUGGAAACCACUAUUCCACAACUUGUUCCACUCCCUUCCUUGUCAGCAUCAGAGAACCUUGAUCAGGAGCUCAUAUUAGGACAGCAGAUAUCAGGAAAACAAUCGAGUGCUCCACUGUGUUUGCAAGCUACUGAUCAGCAGCCUGUGGUAGAAUGUAAAAGUGGUGGAGGAGUGAUUUACACAAGAAGUCAUCCGCUGCAUCGUUGUCCUACCUGCAACAGGUGUUUCCAGUUCAAACAUCACUUGCAGAGCCACAUGAACAGCCACAGUAACCUGCGGCCUUACGUCUGCCCGGUAUGCAGGAAGGCCUACGCUCACUCAGGAAGUCUUAGCACUCAUAUGAAGCUCCACCAUGCGGAAAGCAGGCCCCGGAAGAGCCUUUGCUGUGAAUUCUGUGAGAAGUCUUUUGGCUAUGUGGGUGUCUACUUCAGCCACUUGAGAGAGGUGCACCGGGUAAUACUAACUGUUGAACCGUCCAUCAGUCAACACGAAGAAAACAUGUCUGUAGGAGAGUUUUCGGAAGCUGGUGAACAGGCCUCAGAACAACGUGUUGACCCAGUCGAGCUACAAAUUAAGUGUGGCCGCUGCCAGGCCAUCACCCCUACCUUUGCUGACAUGAAGCUGCAUUUGUUGUAUGUGCAUGAAGAGGAGGUCCAGGUGCAAUUGAGGGAUGGGGCCAUUCGUGGGGGCCGUGAAGCAGAGGAUGAACUGGUCAAACAUGCAGCACAUUACUGGAGGCAGCUCAAUGAGAAACGCAACCUAGUGCACAGCGAUGAGGAGUUCUUCUCCUUUUCCAAGUUCAAACGCCACCACCAUUCUCACCAUCAAGAAGCCAGAGAGAGUCAAGAAGAGGAGAUGAUAGGUAAGGAGGGCCGUGUAUUAAAGGGCCUCAGUAAAGGUUUAUCCCUGAGGGUGGGAUCUCACUUUAACUGCAUCCUUUGCAGUAAGGUGUUUAAUAAGAAACAGGACGUUAUUGAGCAUUGGAGGGCACAGCACAACUGUGAAAAUCCCACCCUUCUAUGGGAUGUCCUGGACUUCAAAGGGGAGAGCAAGCUUACUGAUGGGCCAAAUUAACUGCAAAUGGGUAAUUUAUUAUUUGCUCCAUGUGUCAACUGUGUGGUUUAUGCAAUGACGUUAAUGCAAAAAAAAAAAUCACUAAUAGACUUUUUAUGUUGUUGUUUUGUUUUGCAGUUUUUUAACAUCACAAACGUUGUUUUGUUAUGCUUGAAUUUCGUUAUGUUUUAUGUUUGGUCUUUUUAUUUAACGUGCAUUAAAGCAGAUGAAAGUGAUCUAUAAAAUUCACUAACCAUAAAUUCAGUCUUAAACAUAACUGUGGUCCAGGUGCAGAUGUUACAUUACUGCCAGCAAAUAGAAAAGCCUAGAGAUGAUAAUUAUAAUUUUUAAGGUUUGUGGACACAGUGUGUUAGUAACUGCUUCAGUUGAGUGAAUAAGGUGAAGCAGACUAACAAAGGCUCAUCAAAAACACAUUGCCACUCAGACAAAUUGAAAAUUUGCUAUAGUCUGAAUACAAAUGGGGAAUGAUUAGCAUGCUUGAAACAACAUGUCAAAGAACAUUCAAAGUAACACAAAUUAUCAGUGACAUUCGACAAACACAUAUACAUAAUCACACCGUUUCAGUCCACAUUCCACAGCUAAAAUAAAUACUGCUAAAAAAACUCAGCUUUUAGACAAGCAGGACAACUAGUAAGGAUUUAAAAUAUAAUUAAGAAAAUAAUACACUCAGUUUGGCCAGUUUUAACUGUUAAAUUUAGUAUGAAUGUGUGUAAAUUGAGUGUUUCAUGAAAUUUUCUGUGUUGUUUUUUGGAUGGAAAUAUUAUGUUUAAAAAUAGUUUUUUUUUAUGGUGAAAUGUGGUGAUUUAUUUAAUCAAUUUAUAUUAUCAGCCUAUUCAAAAAUAUUUCUAUUCAUAAAAAAAAUUCAGGGUAAAAAAACAAACUAAUUGUUAUAUAUGUAUAGAUAGAUAGAUUACAAAUAUAUCUAAAAAAAAAAUAGAGUAUACAACUGUAUAUUGACAAUAUAUAUUUACACAAAGACCCCCCUUGCUGUUUUGAUCUAAAAAAUUAACAAUGAAAUAUAUUUACAUGUUACAGUGUCUUAAAUGUUAAACCGGCUUUAGCUACAUUACCAGUCAAAGAUUUGAGCACACUUUUUGGCUGAUGAUUAAAUGUUAAAAUACAUUUUUAGGCCUUACAUAAAUGACAUGUGUGUAAUCUCUUCAUUAAAAUGCAAAAAAAAAAAAAGGAUGAUGGGACCGAAUAGUAAAGAAAGCAGCCAACAAGUGCCCAGCACACAUGGCAUCUCCUUUAGUGUUUUUUAUUUUAAUUUUAAAAAUAAAAUAAAAUAAACACAAAAAAAAUACCUUCCCAGGUGGAUUCUUCAUUACUUUGUUGAGAGAUUGCCCAGAGUGUGUGGAGCUGGAAUCUAGGCUGCUUAAAAGCAUUUAGCAGUCUGGAAGAGUCCAUUCUAGUUUCCAAAAGUUACAGCCAGUUUGCCGGUUUUGGGUGGUCCGAGUUGACAAAUUUGAGAAAAUCACAGUGUGUAAUAGGUGCAUUUUUUUGCCUCAGACAGUGAUUUAUUCCACUUGGAGGAAAUCAGACAAAUUGGAUAUUUUUAGCCCAUUUUAAGUUUGUUUCAGUUUGUUGUGUUUGGAACGACUUCCAAAUCUUUUAGUUUACAUGUUCUAGUCGACCAGUGUAUGAAUCUGUUCAGUCUUGUAGCAUAUUCCAGCCUUAAAAUAAAAUAUAUUUUAUUUAUUUUUUAAUAGUUGACUUUACUACUCUGAAAAAUAUAGACAUUCAAAGAAUGUGUGUUCAAACCUUUGACUGUUGUCGUGAUCUACUUUACAUCUACUCUACUUUUUUUGUAAAGCAAACUGAUAGUUCACUAACAUUACAUUCUUGACACAAAACGGACAGCAAAUCUCAAAGCACCAACUCAUUUGUCUUUCAAAGUUGAAUUCAUAUUUUAGAUAACCUUAAGUCAGUAAUGUUGAUCUUAACAGUCAGUAAACAGAUAAAUGCUGCUUGUCUUGUUGAAAUUACCCCGCCAGUGUAGGACUUGUCUUUGGUGGAUUGCUCCUGACUUACCUUCAAAAGAGAAUGAAAAGAAAUGACUUUGUUUCAGAUGUGGUCUUAUUAUACUUAAAGUGAUUGAUUGUUUAGUGAAUCGGUUUCACUUUCACAAGCCAGUAAUGACACAAACAGUCUGGUAGCAUUUCCAGUUCUGAAGAUUUCCCCGCCACUGUGAUAGAUAAACGUGUCUGUUUGUGGCUUUAGAUAAAGUAAGCCCUAAAUAGCAUUUGUACGAGAGCGAGCAUUGUCCCUGCAUUAUUGAUUAUUGGUGCCUAAAUAAAAAAAGAAAUGAAUAACGACAGUAA